GGGGCCCCAGGCACAUCCAGGAUCGGGGGUUAUUGGGGUGGGGAGUUCUCUCUUUUCCAGGUGGGGCCACCGGCUUGCAGGGAGAAUCUGGGUGUCGGUCCAGGAGCAGCAGCGUUCGUAGAAGGGUCGCCGAGUGCCUGAUUGGGUCGCUGUGCGUCACGCGUGUCCGUGUACCUGGGCGUACCUGGGAGUGCACCUCUAAGCGUGCUUCCUGUGCGACACGAAAAGCCUCCCUGCUUCCACUUUGCCUGAGUAAUCUUUUUAAACCACAAACCAGAUCGUGCCUCUCCCUCAUUUAAAACCCUUCCGUAACCCCCAUUGCAUCCCGCUAAGAUGAGAUUUUGGGGUUCUCACCCUGCCGACCUCGCUGCUCUCCACUUAGCUACUUGCUCAGUGCAUUCCGGCUACAAUGACUUCCUUGAUGCUGUAAAAUGUAGAGAGUAAGCUCUAUUAACCCCCAGGCCUUUGCACUUGCUGUCCACCCUCUCACCCCCGCAUCUGGAACUGCUCUUUCUCCGAACCUUUGUGUAACUGUCUCCUUCCCUUUAUUGAGGGCUCAGCUCCAAUGUCACCUGGUGGGAGAGACCUUCCUGACUAUAUGUUAUUUACAGUAGCUGCCUCCUCCAGUCUUUUUUAUCACACGUUCCUGUUUUAUCAUCUUCAGUGAUUACUCAUAGACAUUAUCUUCUUCAUUCGUUGUGUGCUGUUUAUUUUGUGUCUUGCCCACCAGGCAGCACAGGGCAGAGCCUUGAUCUCAUUCAUCACCGUCACCGUCUUUCCAGGGUCUAGAACAGGUCCUGGAACAUAAAAUUAUUCCAAAGGAUGAAGGGCAGGAGGAUGAUUUAGUUGGCCUCUGUCUAACCUGUGCCCACUCUGAGCUCCCCCCUCAUCCAGACUCCCCUGCACCAAAUUAACCAGAGGCUCGUCAGUGACCCACCUGCGUGCCCACUAAAGAGGGACGAGGGGAAGCUGACGUUGGGGGACUCAAGACAGAGGCUGGCCUGGCCCAGAUGACAAACAGGAAGUACACAGGCAUCCACAGGAGACACACCUGGUGUUCCGAUGUGGAAGACUGAGGACUGUUGAAAAUACAGAGUUCAGCCCCUGCACCCUCUGCCCCCAAGAGAUCCAUGCAGGUGCAACAGGAUGGAGAGGACUUUGCCAGCCAGCCCUGGUACCACGGCCCCCUGUCCCGUCAGAAGGCUGAGGCCCUCCUGCAGCAAGAUGGGGACUUCUUGGUUCGAGCCUCCAGGUCCCGGGGGGGCCACCCAGUGAUCUCCUGCCGCUGGCAGGGCUCAGCCCUACACUUCGAGGUGCUCCGUGUGGCUCUGCGUCCCCGGCCAGGCCGGCCCACAACUCUCUUUCAGCUGGAGGAUGAACGUUUCCCAAGCCUGCCCUCCCUGGUUCGCAGCUAUGUGACCGGGCAGCGUCCACUGUCCCAGGCCACAGGGGCCGUGGCCUCCAGGCCUGUGAUACGUCAAGGACCCAUUCGACGCAGCUUUAGUGAGGACACCCUCCUAGGGAGCCCAGCUUGGAUAGAGUUGCCCAGGGCUAGGAAGCGGAGUGACAGUCAGCCCGCAGGCUUGGAGCACAUGGGGCGGUCAAGAGAAGACCACCCUGGACCAGGAGCCUCCACUGUGCCCACAUGUGCCCUCCCUCGGAUGGGUAGUGACCCCAUGUUGCUGAAGACCCCAGCUCCUCUGGGGUGCGUUGUUGACAGCCUCAGGGCCUCCGAUGGGCAGCUUCAUGCCAAGGCACCCACCAAACCACCUCGAACACCCUCACUGUUGCUGCAUGAUGCAUCUGGACGCCCCCCAACAUACUGUGAGCUGGUGCCCCGAGUGCCCAGUGCCCAAGGAACCCCCCCAGACCACAGUGGCCCAGAGACAGAGGCCCCACCAUGGUGGGAAGCCAACGAAGAAGAGGAGGAAGAGAACAGAAGUUUUGCAAGACCAAAGGCCGAGGUCUCUUUCUGGCCCCCUAACAACCCCUUCUGCCUCCUGGGCCCCCAGAAUCGGCCCCUGGAACCCAAAGUCCUGAGUACUCUCCGUGACCUAUUCCUGGAGCACCAUCCUGGGAGCACGGCCCUGCACCUAUUAUUGGUAGACUGCCAGGCUACAGGCCUCCUAGGAGUGACCAAGGCUCAGCGGGGUGCCAUGGGGGUCGCCUCUGGCCUGGAGCUGCUCACACUUCCCCAUGGGCAUCGCUUGAGGUUGGAACUUCUGGAGAGACAUGAGGCGCUGGCGCUGGCGGGGGCGCUGGCCGUGCUGGGCUGCGCGGGGCCGCUAGAGGAGCGCGCGGCCACCCUAAGGGGCCUGGUGGAACUGGCAUUGGCGCUGCGGCCGGGGGCGGCCGGGGACCUGCCUGGACUGGCCGCGGUCAUGGGCGCUCUGCUCAUGCCCCAGGUGUCCCGGCUGGAACGCACGUGGCGCCAACUCAGAAGGAGCCACACCGAUGCUGCGCUGGCCUUCGAGCAGGAGCUGAAGCCGCUGAUGCGGGCACUGGAUGAGGGCGCCGGACCUUGCGAGCCGGGCGAGGUGGCGCUGCCGCACGUGGUCCCCGCCGUGCGCCUGCUGGAGGGCGAGGAGCUCCCGGGGCCGCUGGACGAGAGCUGCGAGCGGCUGCUGCGCACCCUGCACCAGGCGCGUCAGAUGGCCCGGGACGCGCCCAAGUUCCGUGAGGCAGCGGCCCGGCGCCUACGAGGAUUCCGGCCGAACCCGCAGCUGAGGGAGGCCCUGACCACAGGCUUUGUGCAGAGGCUCCUCUGGGGAAGCCGAGGCGUGGGGGCACCGCAAGCCACACGUCUCGAGAAGUUCCAGCGCGUCCUCAGUGUCCUUUCGCAGCGCCUGGAGCCGGAUGUUUGAAAGCACAGACCCCCUUCUUCACACUGGGACACCCAGGCUUUGGGGAACCCCGGCAGACACCAAGGAAGUUGCCCCAAGCUGUUCACAUAGCCAAUCGCAGUGGGAACCCACAUUCUGCCUCACAGAUUUGCAAAAACCCAUACUGUAUCCCUAAAAGUGUACAUGAAUCCUAGGGUGAGGGACAGCCUCCUCCCCCACGCUAGAAAAUCCAGGUGUCUGGAGGCCCUAUCCCACCUCCCACCCCCACACACCUAUCUUACAAACGGGCAACAUGAGGCUUUUAAUGGCAAGAGAACUUGCAGAGAUCUCUUACUCAGAAGCCAGGGUUCAAAUGCUUUUUAAGAGCUGUGUGACUUCUGGCAAAUGGCUCAAACUGUCUGUGCUUGCCUUCAACGUAAAAGGGAGGCUGUGUACUUUCUAGGGGUUUUCAUGGGGGAUUAAAGCUGUGUUCAAGUAUCAUGGGUGGAGAAUGCCCAGUACACAGCAGGUGCUCAACACUGCCUUUUCUCAGUAAAGCUGCAGUAAACACAGAAAGGAUGUUUGGUGCUUUUCUUCCUAUACUGAAGUCACAGACAAGCACCCAACUCCAGGGAAGUUUUGUCCAAGGUGUGCCCGAGUUUACCUCCCCUUCUUCAUUCUCUCUGUGGCCAGGAAGGAGGCCGGCAUUUGCAUAUCCAGCCCCAGUAUGUAAAUCUACCAGUAAGGCACAGACUCCAAAAGCUUUAUAGAAUUUUUUUAUAUAAAACAAAAUG